AUGGCGACUGAAUCCCAGAAAUAUCUCUCGACCAGAGGCGGUGACUACGGCCUUUCCUUCGAGACCGUUGUCUUGAAGGGACUCGCCGCGGACGGCGGCCUGUUCCUGCCCCAUGAGGUUCCAAUUGCAAAGGACUGGCGGAGUUGGGCAGACCUCUCCUACCAAGAGCUCGCCUUCCAAAUCCUCAGCCUCUAUAUCUCCCGCGCCGAGAUUCCCGCGGACGAUUUGAAAGCCAUCAUUGAUCGCAGCUACUCGACAUUCCGCGCAGACGAUAUUACACCCCUAGUACAUCUACAGGACGACAACAUUCACCUUCUUGAGCUAUUCCACGGCCCAAGCUGGUCAUUCAAGGAUUGUGCAUUGCAGUGUCUGGGUAACCUCUUUGAAUUUUUCCUGGUCCGCAAAAAUAAGGGGAAAACCGGGAAAGACCGCCACCAUCUGACCGUGGUCGGUGCCACAAGUGGUGAUACCGGAUCCGCAGCCAUCUACGGUCUUCGGGGCAAGAAGGAUGUCUCAGUUACCAUCUUGUACCCCAAGGGGCGUAUCAGCGCAAUCCAAGAGGCGCAAAUGACAACCUGUACAGACAGGAAUGUUCACAAUCUUACUGUCACGGGCACCUUUGACGAUUGCCAGGAUAUCGUCAAGGCUCUAUUUGGCGAUGCUGAUACAAACGCGGCCUUGAAGCUCGGUGCCGUCAAUUCGAUCAACUUCGCGAGAAUUCUCGCCCAGAUCGUCUUUUACUUCUUUGCCUACUUCCAGCUGGUCAAGAAAUCACCAUCGUUCAAGCUAGGAGACAAGGUCAAAUUCGUGACUCCUACUGGAAACUUUGGCAACAUCCUUGCGGGCUACUUUGCCUCUAAGAUGGGGUUGCCUGUGGAGAAGCUAGAAGUGGCGACCAACGAAAACGACAUCCUACAUCGUUUCUGGACGACUGGCCGAUAUGAAAAGAAUGACGACGCUUGCAAAGAGACCCACAGCCCGGCAAUGGACAUCUUAGUCUCUAGCAACUUUGAGAGACUCAUGUGGUUCCUCGCUAGAGAACAUGCCGCGAAGGGGGGCAUGGAUGAUCAAGCUAGCAAAAAACAAGCUGCUCAAGACGUCCUAGCCUGGUAUCAGUCCUUAAAAAGCACCGGCGGCUUCGGUCCCGUACCCAAGGACAUUUUGGACAACGGACGGUCAACCUUUGAGAGUGACCGCGUAAGCAAUGCAGAGACCAUCGAAACCAUCAAGUCGUGCUACCAAAAGACGAAAUACAUCCUUGAUCCCCAUUCGGCAGUCGCAGUUACCGCUGCCAACCGAUCGAUCGCUCGGGUUGGCUCGCAACAGCAUCAUAUCUCUCUGUCAACUGCCCACCCUGCGAAGUUCUCUGAUGUUGUGCAAAAGGCCCUAAAGGACGAACCCGGCUUCGAUUUCGACAAGCAGGUUCUUCCCGACGAGCUCAAAACUCUCCUAACAAUGGAAACACGCGUGACCGAGGUAGAGAACUCAUGGCAGAAGGUCAGGGAGAUCGUUAAGAGCCAGGCUGAAGAGGACAUGAAAGCUGAAAGCGCUUGA